GGGAGCUUACAUAAGUAUGCCACCGGCUCAAUCAGUUGCCUGCUCCAUUUAAAUAGCAACCGCUCGUUUCCCGGAACACAGUUUACACACGGCAUUAGAAGUACGAGUAUAUGGGACAUGAAGUCGACAGUGUGGCUCGCUUUGCUGACCUUCAUUUGGAGAAGUGCCAGUGCCAACCUGAAAUGGGAUAUUUUGAACUGCAAAGUUGUUAGUGGAGAAUGUCCCAAUAAAGACGUAUCCUUCUGGCUGUACUCAAAUUCCACCCGCGAAAACCCUAUCCUGCUGAAUCCCCUUGACCUCAAUCCGAGGGACUUCCAACCGCCACGUCCUUUGAAGAUACUCAUCCAUGGCUACACAGGUCACCGUGACUUCGCUCCCAACUCCUUUAUCCGUCCCGUACUUCUCGACCACGAAGAUGUCUACGUUAUCUCUAUUGACUAUGGACCACUUGUGCCAGAACCCUGCUACCUUACGGCUCUACAGAAUCUUCCCCUAGUGAGUCGAUGCCUGGCCCAGUUGAUCAAUAACCUGGUGGAUCGGGCAAUUGUCCCAAACGACCAAAUCCACCUGAUAGGCUUCAGUUUGGGUGGACAGGUGGCGGGGCAGACGGCCAACUAUGUAAAGAGAAAGCUGAAGAGGAUAACUGGUCUGGAUCCUGCGAUGCCCUUCUUCAUCUUGGUAAAAUAUUCAGAAAUAUUGGACGAAGGAGAUGCUGAUUUUGUGGACGUCAUCCACACGGACGUUUUACGUCGCGGGGUUCUGUUCCGCCAUGGUCAUGUGGAUUUCUAUCCGAACUUUGGAAUCACACAACCUGGCUGCAUGGAGAACGGCAUUCUAAGUAUCAGUAGCUGUAAUCACGAGAGGGCUCCUCGCUUUUACGCCGAGUCCAUAAAUUCCACUGUGGGUUUCUGGGGACGGCAGUGUUCCAGUAAGUUGAUGUUUCUUUAUCGUUGUCCCACAACAGGAGAUCAAGCUCUGAUGGGCUAUCACGUAUCGGAUAAGUUGAGGGGCUCGUUCUACCUCCAGACCGCAAGUAAAUCGCCCUUUGCCCUCGGAAAAAUGGACAAUAGACGGACCCUGGCCAAGUUCCAUUUGAAUUUCGAUCACAAUGAAAUCGACAAAGAAUACGAACCACAGUUGGAGACGUUCCUUGAGUUGGAGGCAGUAAAAGUGGUGGAAAAAAUGGAUGAAGCCAGUUUGGAUAAGCAGUUGAACUGGAUCGAUCAGCCGUAAGAGGAACCUUUGUCCAGAAAUUUCAUUUAGUAGGUAAUGCAAAAUGUAAUAUAACCUGAUAUAUUUUUUAAAUUUAAAUUUUGUAACAUAUUAUUCAAUUUUAAACGGAGCCUCCCUAUGUGUCGCAGGCUGGCUGCUAUAUUACGCAGUGCUAAAAGUAAUGUUAACAGAUACUGUUAUUUCAAAAGUGAAUAUCAAAAGCAACUAAAAUUUUCUACAAUUCAAAGCCGGAAAAUAAUUUAUUUCUUUUAAAUAAAAUGUAAAUUUAUGGCA